UUAUUAUGAAGCCGUUUAUUAUUAUUCAUAAACGUAUUAGCAAAGGUUGCCUUGGCCACCAAGAUCGCGUUAUUUAACACUAGUGACAGUGUGACAGGACGACUUUAAUUUAUACCCGUUGCCGAGUGCAAGCACCUCGUGACUUCGACAUUAAUACAGCAGAUAAACAAUUUCUGUCUGCAAUCAUGCAAACUAGAACUACGACAUGUAUUUGAAUCUUGUAAGACCAAAGAGUUAUCCCAUGACAUGUUUCAAAAUGUAUCACAAAAAUUCAUCUGUGAUCGAAAUAUUGGACAAGAUCGAAUCCAAAGUGGCUUUGUAUCAAAUCAGCUGCAACAACAAUAACGCAGCAGCACCAGCAGACGGCAAGUUCCACAACUUGGAUGCCUUAGUGAAAGAAGCGCCUUCAUCACCUCCACAAAUCACCGAGAAACUUGGACACCAUGACCAUAUCGUGUAUAUUUACACUUCCGGUACCACCGGGUUGCCGAAAGCUGCUGUUAUCAACACUUCCAGGUAUAUCUUCAUAGCCGCAGCAAUUCACUAUCUGUGUGGCUUCACGUCUGAAGAUCGUUUCUACACCCCGCUGCCUCUCUACCAUACUGCUGGAGGCUGUAUGUCAGUAGGACAGAUGCUCAUAUAUGGAGCCACAGUUGUUAUUAGGAAGAAAUUUUCGGCUACCGGAUAUUUUCCUGACGUUAGAAAAUACAAAUGCACGGUCGCUCAAUACAUUGGCGAAAUGUGUCGCUAUAUCCUAGCAGUUCCUCCACAAGAAAAUGACAAAGAACACAAUCUUAGGGUUAUCUUUGGAAACGGACUGAGGCCGCAGAUCUGGGAAGAAUUCGUGAAGAGGUUCAACAUCAAAAGGGUCGGGGAAUUUUAUGGGGCCACCGAAGGAAACGCCAACAUUGUGAAUGUGGACAACACUGUUGGAGCCAUAGGGUUCGUAUCCCGUAUCAUCCCCACGGUCUAUCCUAUUUCUAUCAUAAGGGUGGAUCCCAGCACGGGCGAACCUAUCAGAGAUAGCAAGGGACUCUGUAUACCUUGCAAACCUAACGAACCGGGAGUGUUCAUCGGAAAAAUCUUGCCCAACAAUCCUACUAGACAGUUUUUAGGUUAUGUCGAUGAAGAAGCUUCAAAGAAAAAAAUAGUUUACGACGUCUUCAAACAUGGCGAUUCCGCCUUCAUUUCGGGUGAUAUUUUAGUAGCUGACGAACUUGGAAACUUGUUUUUCAAAGACAGAACUGGAGACACAUUCAGAUGGAAGGGAGAAAAUGUUUCCACUUCAGAGGUUGAAGCUGUGUUAAGUAAUUUAAUAGAUUAUAAAGAUGCAAUAGCAUAUGGUGUAGAAAUAAGAGGACUAGAGGGUCGAGCUGGAAUGGCAGCCAUCCUGGAUCCUGAAGAAAAAGUGGACUUAAAUAAAUUAGCAGAAGGUGUGAAGAAAAGCCUGCCCACAUACGCUAGGCCCAUUUUUGUUAGAAUAUUAAGGAAGAUUGAUCUGACAGGUACAUAUAAACUGAAGAAAAAUGACCUGCAGCGCGAAGGUUUUGAUCCGCGCAAGAUCUCCGACCAUAUUUACUACUUGAGUACCAGUGGUUCCUACGAGCUUCUCACACCAGAAAUUUUCGACAAGAUUAACGAAGGCGCUAUUCGGCUGUAGUAAUUUUAAAAUGUUUCGAAGUAGCAAUGCAGUCUUCUUGUAAAUAGUAUUACAUGACAGAAACGGUUGUCCAGCGCCCUUCUAAUUUGGCGCAUGGGUUUAUACAACGUAGUCAAAAAGUCGCGGUAUCGCAAAAGCAGAAAAUUGUGAGCGACAUGUGAGUUUAGAGAUUUCCAGUGUCGACCUUGAAUUUUGUACGAAUUUGAUAGGUUAGCAAGAAUGAUUUUGAAACUCCUAUAUCUUAUUACCCAGUAAUAUAUUGUCAAACCGCGAAUAUUUGAAUACAUGACUGAUCAUAUGAUAGUAGAUCGGUCCUAGAGAGUGAAACUCUGGAGUAAAUGCCUGAUGCAUUUUCAUAGUUAUUACGGCAAUUGGAGAUUUUUUCUAAUUAAUUAAUUUGAGCCCCAAUUACUUUCUACAUUUAUAUGUUAUAGCUCUCUAUAGCAAGUUUAUUGGAGUCUCAAAAUCUUUCCUAAUGACGACAAUAAUGAGAUUUACUCAUAAAGAUAUACCUAUAUAUGCUUUCUUAAAAUGAAGAUAUAGCAAUCUACCUGCUCAUGUCUUUUAAAAUAUUCCAUUUACUCCAUGUGUAAGCACAUUGAUGCAAUUCCACUUCUCAAGAACCACAUUAACUAUGAGAAGCUUCUUUUUAUGUAUAUAUUUUGAAACCUUUCGUCUUUUUUCUGAUAAGCGCUGUUCAUUUGAUAGGCUAAUCAAAUCAGAUAUAUUAUUUAAAAAGAUAAUUAUGAUAUGAGAUUUUAAAAUUCCUGAAACGAAAGAACUGUUCUUUUAAUCACCUUUAUAAUUUGACUUUAUUCGAUCAGAUGAUCUGAUACAAAUUAGUGACUGACCCAAAACAAAACAAAGAACGUGAUCUUCAACCAGCAAAUCUAUAAUGAUAAACUAUAUUUUUAUAUGUAUCAAUUUGUCUUUAGUUAGUAUAUAUUUCAAGCUAGAAUCUGGCAUUGAGUACGAGGAGGAGGGAUGAGUUUUUUUACAAUGUAUUUUUUAUUAACUUGUCUGACAUGACAAUUUUUGUCUUGCUCGGCGUGGCUUCCUUUGAGGUUGUUAAUUUAGUAUAUUUAAAUAAUACUGUGAAUUUUCAGAACAUGUGUGUUACAAGUUUUGCCUUCAAAUGUGUGAAAAAUGCAAUUUUGGGUUCCGUCACGUUAGCAACUUGAUAAAUUAGUUUUAACUGCCAGCGGAAGCCUUAAAAUAACGGUACGCCGGCGGUACGGCAACGAAAAAGUUUAUAAAUCGGCCUUAAAACAUAAUUUGAAAUUAUGGUUUUAAAACGCAUGGCAUUUUCUUUGAAUAAUCCGUAUCACUACUUUCAAAUUACUUAGAGUGCUGUCAUGUUAUAAUGAUAGAGAUAUGAUAGAAAAUCUCAUAUUGAAAAUUUGCAACUCAGGGUAGCUGCGAAAACAAUUGCUCGAUUCUAGCUUUAGACUCUAUUGUUAUUGCGGUUGUGUUUUUAGUUUCGUACGUCUAUUGUUAUUACAUUUAUACAUUGGAGUUACAAUAAAGUUUUAUAAAGUUGAAA